AAAACCCGCCCACAUACGGAUGUUGUUGUUUUUUUUUUGACACUAGCGUGACAGUCUAGUAAGGUCCAACUGAAUCCUUUUUUAUUUUUGGUUGUGAUUAUUUGUAAUAUGUUACCGGAUAUAAAAAGCAUGUGUCCAUUUGUGGAAGACAGUUUUAGUCGUUUUCCCUCGCAGAGUAACAUAUACGGACUGUGCCAGGCAGGCGAGCAGGAGUUUCUGGCAGCGACUCUGAAGGGGAAAGUAGUGUGCUUCAGAUAUCAGGACCAGCAGAAGAAAAUCAGACCUUUGGCCAGAGAGAUUCAGUUCACAUAUAUACCAGUUGAUGCAGAAAUCGUCUCCAUUGACGCCUUCAACAAAUCAGCUCCUAAAAGAGGAAUGGUCGUAGGAAUAACCUUCAUUAAGGACUCAGGAGAUAAAGCAACUCCUUUCCUUAACAUUUACUGUGAUUAUGAACCAGGGUCAGAAUUUAACCUAGAGUCUAUUGCACAAAGCUGUCUGAACCUGGAGCUCCAGUUCACCCCCUUCCAGCUUUAUCACACUGAGGUUCAUUGUGGAGAUGGAUCCAGUGAGACUGUGUUUCUCCUCAGUGGGCAUGAUCAGCGCAUACAUCUUUACAUAGAGAAUGCGUCUUUGCACCAGUUUGAGGAACAACCAGUAGAAAGACUCUUUCCUGAACUGCAGGAGUUGCCAAGCAAUGUGUUAUGGUUAAAUGUUUUGAGCAUUGAUCAAAAUCGGCGCCUCACUGCGUUUGGAUGUCAGAAUGGUUCUGUGGGUCUUUCUCUUGUCAACCAAAAGGGACCUGAGAUUCUCCAAAACUGGCGUCUGCAGCAUGACAGUCCCAUAUCCACUGUGUUGCUGUUCCCUUUGAAACAGCCGCACCAGAGCACUGACACUAACAGCAGUGAAAGGGAAACAUUUAAUCUGUUGGUGACCAGUGCAAUAGAAAUGGCUGUUGUUUACAGGGAUGUGGAGCAGUAUGGACUGAGCAGACAGCUGUGUUUGGCAGAAAGCGACCAGUGCGAUGCAGUUCUCUGUGCUCUUGUUGUUGAUCUGGACUUUGAUGGACAGCAUGAGUUGUUGCUGGGAACAUAUGGACAGGAUCUACUGUGCUACAAAUUUCACCAACCAACGGGAGCUAUUGAAGAUAAGUUACAGCUGCUGUGGAGACGGAGUUUUAAAAGUCCCCUGCUGUCGCUGAUUUAUCUUGACCUGGAUGGUGACGGACUAAGAGAGCUAGCCGUUCUUACCUUAAAAGGCUUGCAUAUCCUACAGCACAGUCUGAAAACAACAGCAGAUCUUGUUCUUCACAGAUUGUCCACUUUAGUAUCAAGAUUGCCUAUUUCUUCAAAAGACCAGUCCAUCAAAAACCAAGAUGGUGAAGAGGGAUACAUUUCAAUCAUCAAUGAACAGAGCACUGCAGAAACCUGACAUUGACUUUUAAGUGACAGAUAUUUGUUUUUAUUUCAAAGGAAUGUAAAGUGUAUGAAAAGUUAAUUAUCUAAUUUUCUCGGUGUAAGAAUGCAUGCUAGAUUCCAUCUAACAGGCAUUUCUGCAAGCGGUAUUUUGCUGGGUGAGUGGUCUUUCCAGUAGAAGGAUGUUAUUUAGUAAUGGGUUUUUAUAACAGACCUAUUCUUCCUUGAAUUUUGCACCAGUGCACUAUAAAAUGACCCUGAAAUGAAAAUGUCUCCUUGCUGGUGCCAUGUUUGAUUCCAGACUUACAUCCAGAAUCUUACAUCCUAGUGAUCACAAGCAAUUCUUGUUCAGCUCGUGACCUCAUUUCUGUGCCUAUUGGCUCUGGGUAACAAGUUGUUCAAUUAAAUAAAAGUAUUU